GAGAAAUCUCAAACUUCUCCUUUUCAUAUUAUUCUUUCUUCUCUGCUUCUCCAAAACCAAACAGAGUAUAAAUACCAUGUGAUAAACUAUGAAUCGCGCGCGAAAUAUUCAUUUCCCUUAUUGCUUAAAAUCGAACCACGUACACUUUCCUUCCUCUCAUUUCGCAUCCUUCCCCUCACUCAUUCCUCUGCAAUUUCCUUCUCCUCUCCCAUGGUUUCUCUCACCAACCCUAUCCCCUUUCCACAAAAUUCCCCAACAAUUCCAUAAUUCCAUGUGCGUGGCAUGAAAUUUCCAGAUCCAUGCCACAACACAAAUAGCAUAUCAUAAAUCAAUUCAAUCCUACGAGCUUCGAAGCCUAAUUUCACUAAUUUUUUGUCUAGGUUAUUGGAGGUUUAGGGCAAAGUGAAAUGAGAUCAAGGAUCUACAUGAUCGAUGCUGUUGUUGUUCGUUGAUUAUGGGAAUCAUGAUAGUGAAAUUAUUGAACAAGUUAGUUUCAUCAAAGGUUUCUUAAUUACUGGUUUUCUUCCGAUGAUAUUUGCUACCAGAAACACAUUAUCUUUCAUUUUCCCUUCUUUAUAAUAACAGGAUAUAGUUGCUUGAUUUGGGAGUGUGCAUCACAGAUACUUGUUUACAAGUCUCUAUUUGUCCUUAUUCAGAAUGGCCAUCCUUUAGAAGCAGAACUACAGUUAGCUUCAGGCAUUGUUCCUGGUAAGCUCAGAUGUGAGGUUAGAACUUGCAAAUAUGCAACCAAGGGCAAGUACUGGAGCUUCUUUCCGUUUUAGUGCAUCUAGUACACCUAGCAAUUCAAGUGGAGGAUCUGAUCCAGACGAUGUUGAGUCACAGGGAGAGGUUUUCAUAUGGGGAGAGGUAUUUGCAGACGGGGUUCCUUCCAAGACAGAUGUGUUAAUCCCUAAGCUGUUAGAGUCACACGUUAUUCUUGAUGUUCGUAACAUUGCAUCCGGUGCGAGUCACCUUGCUAUAUUAAACAAGAAAGGAGAGGUUUUUACUUGGGGAGAAGAGUCUGGGGGUAGACUUGGUCAUGGAAUUGAUAAAAGUUCUGGUAAGCCUCGUCUAGUUGAGAAUCUUGAAGAUGUAACUUUGGAUAUUGUUGCAUGCGGAGAGUUUCAUACAUGUGCUGUGUCAAAAUCUGAUGAAUUUUUCACAUGGGGUGAUGGUACACAUAAUGCUGGACUUCUUGGACAUGGUAAUGAGGCUAGCCACUGGAUACCAAAGAGUGUCGAUGGCUUUUUGGAUGGACUUCAAGUUGUAUCUGUUGCAUGUGGUACAUGGCAUUCAGCAUUGGCAACCUCAAAUGGAAAACUAUUUACCUUUGGUGAUGGAACAUUUGGUGUUUUAGGCCAUGGUGAUCAAGAGAGUGUAUCGUAUCCAAAGGAAGUACAAUUAUUAGGUGGACUGAGGACUAUUAAGGUUGCCUGUGGAGUAUGGCACACUGCAGCUAUUGUCGAGGUUGUUUUUCAAUCUGGUUCAAAUGUUUCAUCAUGGAAACUCUUCACAUGGGGCGAUGGCGACAAACAUUGUUUAGGCCAUGGAAACAAGGAAACCUAUCUCCAACCGACACGUGUUUCGCCCCUUAUUGAAUAUAAUUUCCUGCAGAUAGCAUGUGGACACACCAUGACUGUUGCUCUCACUACAUCUGGUCAUGUAUUUACAAUGGGAAGCACUGAAAAUGGUCAGUUAGGAAAUCCAAAUUCUGCUGGGAAAGUACCUACUUUAGUCCAAGAUAAGUUACUUGGUGAAUUUGUUGAGGAAAUAUCAUGUGGAGCACAUCAUGUUGCUGUUUUGACAUCAAGAAGCGAAGUAUAUACAUGGGGAAAAGGUUCUAAUGGAAGACUAGGACAUGGUGACACAGAUGAGAGAAAAUCUCCUACCCUUGUGGUUGCCUUGAAAGAUAGGAAUAUAAAAAAUAUCUCAUGUGGUUCAAACUUUACAUCUUGUAUAUGUAUCCGUAAAUUGGUCACUGGAGCUGAUCAAUCUGCUUGCUUUGGAUGUAAACAAGCAUUUGGUUUAACUAGAAAAAGACACAAUUGUUAUAAUUGUGGAUUGGUUUUCUGUCAUACUUGUAGUUCUAAAAAGUCAUUCAAAGCUGCAUUGGCUCCAACAUUCGAAAAACCUCAUCGUGUGUGUGAUAUUUGUUAUACUAAGCUUAAAGUUGUUGACAUCAAUGAUCCUUCAAAGUUAAAUGGAAAAGCUAACCCUUCUCACUAUUCGACGAAUGGUAGGGAAAGAUUAGACCAAGGUACUUUAAGGUCUACAAGAACUCUCUUUUCUUCUUUUACUGAACCAGUGAAGUACCUUGAAAUAAGGAAUAAUAAGCCUGGAACUGAAUAUGGUUCUACUUCUUUCAUAAGAGCUUCUUUAGUUCCAUCUCUUUUGCAAUUGAAAGAUAUUGGUUUUCCAAGUUCACUGAGUUCUAUUCAAAGUGUUUUGAAGCCUUCUACUCCUCCUAGUUCAUCACAAAAUUCUUCAUUCCCAUACACAUGUAGAUCAAGUCCUUCUCCACCAUAUGUCACUCAAAGAUUUUCCGGUGGUCUUAUCAAUAGUUUGAGCAGGACAAACGAUGUACUUAACCAACGAGUCUCAAAUUUGCAGAGCCAAAUUCGAGAUUUGGAGGAGAGAAGUGACGUGAAAGAUUUGGAAAUUCAGAAGCUUCAGAGAAAGACUACGGAAGUUAUUGCCUGGGUUGCAGUGGAGUCUUCUUGUCAUAGAGAAGCAAAACAAUUUAUUGAAUCUACAAAACAUCAGUUGAAGGAAAUGACUGAGAAGCUACCAGCAGAAAUUCCAGAACGUAAUAUCUUGAGUACUAUCCAAACUCGAGCUGAAGAUUUUCUCAAAGAAUAUUUUGAAUCUGAAACAUCAGAGUUGGAGUCCAAACAACAAAGUUCACAUGACAUAUCUGCUGCAGAUAAUGACUCUUCGAAACUAGAAAAUAUCAGACUAGUAGAAAAUGCCGACAUUGUAGAAGUUGACUCUUGUCUAGAUGAAUCAAAGUUAGAGUGUUUGCAACAAAGUGCACAUGACAUAUCUGCUGCAGAUAAUGAUGAUUCCUCUAAACUAGAAAAUAUCAGACUAGUAGAAAAUGCCGACAUUGUAGAAGUUGACGCUUGUCCAGAUGAAUUUAAGUUAGAGUGUUUGCAACAAAAUGCACUUGAUAUAUCUACCACACAUAGUGGAAAUUUUGAACUACAAGAUCAUAGACUAGUAGAAAAUGCUGACAUUGUCGAAGUUGACUCUUGUCUAGAUGAACCAAAGUUAGAGUGUUUGCAACAAAUUGCACAUGACAUAUCUGCUACAGAUAUUGACUCUUCUAAACUAGAAAAUAUCCAACUAAUAGAAAAUGCCGACAUUAUAGAAGUUGACUCUUGUCUCGCUGAAUCAAAGUUAGAGUGUUUGCAACAAAAUGCCCUUGAUAUAUCUACCCCAGAUAGUGGCAAUCUUGAACUACAAGAUCAUAGACUAGAAGAAAAUGCUGAUGUAAAAGUUGACAGUUGUCAAGAUGAGGGAAAUUUCCUCGACGAAUGUAAUAAACAAACAUUGGAGUCAAAGCAACAUAAUUCACCUGAUAUAACUACCUCAGAUAGUGAAACUUCUAAACUGCAAGAACAAAUUUAUGAAAAAAUCGACAAGACUGCCAGAUGUGAUCAAUCUGAGACUGGAAUAAAUGUUCGUCAUGAAAGUAAUGGAUCGUCUAUAUCUAGUGUUGGAGAAGUGAUGUCACCCCAAAGUUCAGAAAAUGGUUCCAUAUCAGGGGACAGUUCAAGAGAUGGGAGUCUACAAGAAACACAAGUCUUUGAAAAAUUUGAGUCUGGUAUUUACGUGUUACUCAAGCUAAGGGCUGACGGAAUCAAAAUUUUUAAAAGAGUUAAAUUCAGUAAGCGCAAGUUCACUGAAAGCCAAGCAGAAGAAUGGUGGAGCCAAAACAAAGGUAGAGUUCUUAGGAAAUACUGUCCACGUCAUCAAAAGCAAAAUGGAUCGUGUAACUUUACACCAAAUGUUAAAGAAAAUAUUGAAUCAUCGCUUUCUUAAACUUAAAUCUUUUCUUCAUAUAGGCAUCACCUUAGUUUGAUGAAAUGAUUUCACUCAGAAGGAUCGUCAAUCUAGUGGAAAGUAAUGUAGCUUUAACUUAGGCACAUUAACUGAGAACGUGUAGAUAUUUUAUAACUCAAUAGGAAUAUUAGUCAGGUAGAAGAACAUGUUGAUUUAUAUGUAGGAAAAUUAGCAUUUGAUUUGAUUUUUAUCAAUCAAAGAAUACCACAUAUGGUGUGAUACUUGUGUAUAAAUAGAAAUAUAUGUGUUCACAAAAAAGAGUAUAUAUAACAACGUGUUGGUAGGUAACUUAAAUACACUGGAUAGAUCCUAAAUUUUGAGCGCUUUUCCACAAGUUUGGGCUCGUGGGUUUCCCCUCUGCUUGAUUCAACCCUGGACUGAUCAUGUUACCUUGUGGUCCACCUCUUUAGGUCAAGAUUAACAUAUUCUAGAUAGUUUUUAUCUGUCUCUUGUAUUUUUCAAAGGAAUAUUUUUGAAUUCACUCCUUAUAAUGCUAAAAUAUAUCAAAAUACACUAUUGAAAACAUCAUUUCGAUAGUCUAUUUUGAUAAAAAUUACAUUACUGACAGAAUACUUCUGGUAAACUUCCCAUGUUUUAAGAGAUGGAUUGAAAAACUUCAAUUUGUUUGAACUAUACAACCCUACUGAUUCAUUGUGUUAGUAUGUUACUUGAUGUUCAAGUAAGAGUUUGUUAGUUAGAGAAUUCUGUUUAAAUUUUAACAGAAUUGGUAGUUAGUUAGGGUAUGAAAAGUUUGUUAGAAU